AUGGCUUCCGAUGGCGGCGGAUCCAAACCUAGAUCUAGUAGCUACUACAACAUUCUCGGGAUUCGCAAAGACGCCUCCGUUUCCGACAUCCGUACUGCUUACCUCAAGCUCGCCAUGAAAUGGCAUCCGGAUAGAUACGCGAGAAACCCUGGAGUCGCCGGAGAAGCUAAACGCCGGUUUCAGCAAAUCCAGGAAGCCUAUUCCGUUUUGAACGACGAGAAUAAGCGAUCAAUGUACGACGCUGGACUAUACGAUCCCCAUGACGACGACGACGAUGACUUCUGCGAUUUUAUGCAAGAGAUGAUCUCAAUGAUGAACAAUGUCAAAGACGAGGGAGACAGCUUAGAGGACUUGCAAAGGAUGUUUACGGAUAUCGUCGGUGGAGAUGGUAUGAGCUUUGACUGUAACAACAAUCCAAGGGGCAAUAAAAGGCCACGUGUCAACGUCUCAAGGAGUAGUGCUGCGAUGCGGUAA